AUGGCGCUCCCACUACUGAAAUCCCUCAAAGAAUGCGGCGAAUACGCAAAGACCGUUGAGCCAUUCUGGCCACAGCUGUACGAGCUGCCCUACAAGCUCCUAGACAGCUACCACAGCCUGGAUCGCGUGAAGCAGCUCUAUAUCGAUACGAACCCACUCAUGUCGGGCCUGGCGGUGUCCUUGUUCUUGGCUCCCAUCUUCCUGGUGGUUUCGGAGAUCAACAGGAACUAUUCGCAGGUCGAUAGGAUGUGGAGUAUCCUUCCCAACCUCUACGUUGUUCACAUCGCAUUGUGGGCGAGGGCGGCUGGCAUGCCUCAUGAGCGCACAGAUCUGUCUGCUCUGACGACCACACUUUGGAGUAUCCGUCUUACGUUCAACUACUGGCGCAGGGGAGGGUAUGAAAAGGGUUCAGAAGACUACAGAUGGGCCAUCCUUCAGAAAUAUGUUCCCAAGUUUAUCUGGUUCAUCUUCAACGUCACCUUCAUCUCGACCAUUCAGAGCGUGCUGCUCUUUGCUUUCUCCUCCGUUCCCGCCUACGGAAUCCUCUUGGCCACAAAGUUCGAACCUGGCCUACAAAUGUCGGACUUUGUCUACUCAGGCAUCAUGGUUGCUUUUGUUGUCAGCGAGUUCAUCAGCGACGGUCAGCAGUGGAGCUAUCAGACUGCUAAAUACCAGUACCGCGACGACGGCAAAGUCCGCGGCGGGUUCACCAAGAAGGAUCUACAGCGUGGUUUUCGCACAUCUGGCCUGUGGGCUUACAGCCGCCACCCGAACUUCUUCGCCGAGCAGAUGGUCUGGUUCGCCUUGUACCAAUGGAGCUGCUAUGCCACAAACAACGUGUACAGCUACACUGGAUUAGGCGCAGGGUCUCUGUUCUUGCUUUUCCAGGGAUCGACGGUCUUGACUGAAUACAUCACGCAGAACAAGUAUCCCGAGUACAAGGCAUACCAGAAGCAGGUCGGCAUGUUCUUCCCCUCCUUUACGGCGUACCAGCCCCCAAAGGAGCAAAUCGAGGGCAAAUUUCAGUAG